UUCAACAGACCUGUUAAGUUUCACGAUUUGGUCGGGAGACUCCCGAUUUUGACCCCAAUGCUCACGCCUCACGAUUAGAAAGCUAAAUCUCCCGAUUUUCCAAAAAUGUCAAUUUUAUUUUAUUUUUUUUACGUUUUUGUUUGUCACCGUUUUGUAAAGAUACCAUUCAGCCCGAUUCGGAAAGUGACCAACAACGAAUAGCCUGGCCGUCUCCGACUUCCCUGCCCUCCCUCCCCUUCAGAGCUGGAAAAGCCCAAACAUCUGACAGGGAGGGAAGAGGCGAAGCACCACCGACUUCCCAAGAUGCUGGCACUAAUAAACCGGCUUUUAGACUGGUUCAAGUCUUUAUUUUGGAAGGAAGAGAUGGAGCUGAUUCGGGAAAAACGACGUUCGUCAACGUAAUUGCCGUAAGUCUUACCUGCCAGCGAUAGCUAACUAGCCUAAUGCUAAUAGCAUUAGAGCUAAUGAUGGGAGAAUGAUGACGAGGAAGAAGUCGCUGCUUUACUCUGUGUUUUCGUGGAUCAAACAUCAUGGAAUAUUAAACCACUGCGGUCCUACCCCCACAAUAUAUGAAUUUAAGUGAGAAAGCGUAUCGUUACUUACUUGAAGUUUAAUCAUUUAGAUUCGCUAUUAUGCUAAAGCUAAAGUGUAUGCUAUACACAUUACAUUAUAUCAUUAUUACUGUGGUGAAACAAAAAAUAUAAAGUUUCAAUUCAAGGUUACAAUUCAAUAAAAAAACUGCCAUGACAAAAACAAAUAUGAUUAAUUUUCUAAAUGAUGUAAUUAAUGUUUUUAAUCUUGCUGAUUUAGUCUGACGAAACCCUAAUUGGAGUGAUGGUUGAUGAGAUGAAGAGGCUGCUGAGGAAGCUGAUGUCCAAAUUUGUGCAAAUGGAUGUGAUCAGGAAAGCUGAGGAUAUCCUAGAUGUUGAUUACAGGAACAAGGAGAACUGGCAUGACACAGGCAACAUAGCGGUAUCACAUGAUGCCAGACAAUACAUGGAGCAAGUUGAAGACUAUCUCUGAUGCCACCAAAAAGAGGUUCUUUGACAGUGUAGUUAAUUUUUACACAAGUGUUGUGACCAAAAUGAACUUGAAAAAAAAUGGUUGCAUUUUGUCUUAGCGAUUGUCGCGCGAGCGCGCGUCAUCGGGGUUGGCAAACAGAAAUCUCCCUAUUUGCAAUUUCUACAACUUAACAGUAGGCCUCCUCCAUCGUGAUCAUGGAGCGGGCUUCCAUCAAACAGAACCAGCUCUGUGGACCGUGGGAGAUGAAGGAAAGGCUCGGGAUGGGAGGCUUUGGGCAUGUCUACCUGUACCAGAAUCACAAGUCCGGGGAAAAGUUAGCUGUGAAAAUCUGCCGCCUCGAACUGAGCUCCAAGAACAAGGAACGCUGGGGCAGAGAGAUACAGAUUAUGAAGAAGUUAAACCAUGUGAAUGUGGUUCAAGCCAGUGAAGUUCCAGAAGAAUUGAGUUUGAUCGCUCUUAAUGACCUACCUCUGCUGGCCAUGGAGUACUGCUCCGGAGGGGACCUACGCAAGGUUCUCAGUAAACCAGAAAAUUGUUGUGGGCUGAAGGAGAGUGAAGUUCUUGCCCUGCUUCAUGACAUCGGAUGUGGUAUCCAGUAUCUUCAUGAAAAUAAGAUAAUACACAGAGACUUAAAGCCAGAAAACAUAGUUCUUCAAGAGAUCAAUGGCAAACUUGUACAUAAAAUUAUAGAUCUCGGUUAUGCAAAAGAUCUUGACCAAGGCAGUGUUUGUACAUCGUUUGUUGGAACCCUUCAGUAUCUUGCUCCAGAACUGUUUGAGAGUAAACCUUACACAGUCACUGUGGACUAUUGGAGUUUUGGAACAGUGAUAUUUGAAUGCACAUGUGGCUUUCGUCCAUUUCUACACCACAUGCAGCCUGUACAGUGGACAAGCCAAGUCAAGAAUAAAGGUGCCAAGGACAUCAUGGCAGUCGAGGACAUGAAUGGAGAAGUUAGAUUCUCAACACAUCUUCCAUACCCCAACAAUCUGAGCAGACCAUUGCUGGAGCCAAUAGAGAAUUUGCUGCAGAUGUUGUUACUGUGGGACCCAGUAGCCCGCGGUGGAGGUUUGGAUCCUGGUACGUCUAAGGCAAAGUGCUACAUCGCGCUCCAGAAUAUUCUCAACAUGAAGGUGAUUCAUGUGUUGGACAUGACGUCAGCCCAGCUGCACUCUUUGAUCCUGGAAGCCGACGAGAGCUUGCACUCCUUGCAGAUUCGUCUAGAGAAGCACACACAGACACACAUCUCCCCACCUAAUCAAGAACUUCUGUUAGAAAAUGGAAUCUCCCUGGACCCACGCAGACCUCCUGCACACUGUCUGCCAGAUGGUUUGAGAGGCUGGGAUACUUCCAUCGUCUUCCUGUUUGAUAAAAGUCAAUCCAAGUACUCAGGACCCCUCACUGCCAGACCCCUCCCUGACAGUGUUAACUUUAUUGUCAGGGAGACGAAGACACAGCUCCCACUGGCUGCAUUGCGGAAGGUAUGGGGAGAAGCAGUCAGCUAUAUUUGUGGACUAAAAGAGGACUACACCCGCCUUUACCAGGGUCAAAGGGCUGCUAUGCUGAGUCUGCUACGUUACAACACCAACUUAACACGCUACAAGAACCUGCUCUUCUCCCAGUCACAGCAGCUGCAAGCAAAGCUUGCUUUCUUCAAAACCAGUAUCCAACAUGAUUUGGAGCAUUACACCAAACAGAGACAUACGGGUAUCUCCUCAGAAAAGAUGCUCAGGACAUGGCAUGAAAAUGAAGCAAAGGCCGACGGUUUUACAAAGGUUGCUGAUGUGGAAUAUCUGGAUGAAGCAAUAGUUGAGCUUCAUUCUGAAAUUGUGGAAUUACAACGGAGUCCAUUCUUGAGGAGACAAGGAGACUUGAUGGAACAACUUGAGGGAAAAGCCAUUGAACUCUACAAGCAACUCAAAGCUAAGUGCAAAAGCCCUGACCCACCACAUGGUUACAGUGACAGUUCGAGCAUGGUGAAGGCUAUACUACAAAUGGUUCAGAACCAAGACAGAGUGUUGAAAGACUUGUACACUCACCUUAGUAAAAUUCUGGUGUGUAAACAACGCAUCGUUGAUUUGUUCCCAAAGCUGGAAAAGGCAGUGGAAAGCAUAAAGAUGGCAGAGGCGGCAAUAAUGCAGAUGCAAACAAAGCGACAGAAAGAGUUCUGGUACCUUCUGAAGAUUGCCUGUGCCCAGAACAAUUCACAGAUUAGUGUUCAGCCAUCCAGCGAUAGUGAAACUGUUCCUCAGUUAUUGGAUGACAACCAGCGUUAUCUAAGUAAACUUACAUCUUUGCUGCAGGAUGUCAGCCAUGAGAGGGAGCAAAGUUUCAUGGAUCAAGACUGGAGUUGGAUCCCUUAUGGCGCAGAGAAACACAGCCAAGAAGCCUCAAACGGUCAACCAGAAACUCAUUGAGUUAGACCACUAGUGCCUUACAAAAUGUGCUGUCUGGAAGUUAUUUUGUUUCUUUUGUGUUCUUGCCUGACACAAUAAUGUAAUAGACAUCAACUCUAUGCUACAGCCUGUAAGCAAUGAACUAUUUAACUUGUCAUCGUGUUGAUUGUUAGUUGUUUUUAAGCAUGUUACAGACUGUAAGUAAAAAUGUAUUUAUUUUACUAAUGAAACAGAGCAGUGAGCAAUGAUUGAAGUUUGUGCCCACUUACACACCAUGCGUUAUUAAACACAUAGAGGAUUUUGUCAGAUCAUGAAACCCAAAUUUUGUUGUUACUGUAUAUAGUACUCCAAAUGUGUUAAUAUUUACUAAUAUGUUAAUAUUUAUUUUAAAUUCAAGUACAUAUUGGGAAGUCAAUUACAUUCAAUAGCAUUUUCAGCCACGGGUUAAAUUAACCCUAUAUUGUUAAUGAUAAUUUGUUUACAAGUUAUAUGGUGAGAUUUAUAAGUUUAAUUACAGCAGGCGCACACCCAAUCAGGUCGCAUUCUCUUUUCGACUAAGGAAGUAGAGUUUGUUGCAGCAAGCAACGAUGUAGCAUAAGCAGCUCAACCUCGUCUAAGUUUCUGAAAUCAAGCUCUCAAUAAGCUUCCUAAGUCACAUCGACUUAACUGCUUGUUCACUCGCAGGCCAAAGUGUUCUACGUUGUGUCUGUGGUUUAAAAGUUAAAUUAAGUAAACAUCAGUGAAACAAGAAAUCUUGUGUCUCCACUUGUGAACAACUCUGCAUACUCAGUGUACCUUUUUCACCAUCCAUUAGCAUUGAUGAUAAGUAUGGUAUCUUAUUUUUUACUGUUUUAUUAAUAUGACGUAGGUAUAAUACAUUUUUUUGGAUAGUUUUUUUGAGAUUUAGUUUUUUUUUUUGAGUACUUAUAGGGUUCCGAUUUACGCGGAAAUUCGGGUUACAUCGCCAGCGUAAGAAAGGAACUCGUUCGUAACUCGGGGGCUACCAGAACAUAUGGGGAAGCCAACUACAUGCAAUAAAAAAUUUUCGGCCACUGGGAUGGCACUGCAUCGCAUGCCUUCCCUCAAUCUCAGCGUAUGCUAGAAUAGUAUGGAAGCCUCAUUGUAUACUAUUGAUGCCUAAUGAAGCUUUUGAGAAGCCUCGAACGACUUGAGCAAAUUCAGUAUAUGAAGCUUCAUUACCAGUGACCUCUCCUGGCAUAAACUAAAACUGCAUGGGCUGUCAAAGCAUCUUUCCUUUGAAGUUUGAUGCACACAGGAAAGCUGAUUUUUAUGUGCUAUUUUGUCAUCCUUUGAAAAUAAUCACCAAUGUCACUUCUUUAAAAAUUUAUUUUAAUUAUUAUAUAUUCAUAAUUAUUAUAUAUUCAUUUAAUUUUUUAAUUGUAUACAUAUAUUUUUUCACAAAACAAGACAUACUGAACCAAAUUCUCAUUACAUUGUAUUGAUUAAUGAUUUUACUUCAGGGACAUCGGCUACAACCACGAAGUCGUGAACAGAAAUGCGGAAGUAAAGCGGAAUCACCUCGGAAACUUGUCAAUAGUGUAA